AUGUCUUUUUGGUGUCGCUUACAACUUCCUAUUUCGACUGAUUUUACACCUGUUGGAAACCCCAUCUAUGAUGUGAGACGACGAUUUCCUGGAAGAAACACCAGUCCUAAUCAAAAUGCUAGUUCCCAACCUAGCUCUGAUUCAGGUUCCACGUCUGUUGGCUUUCAAGGAAAACAAGGCCCAUUAAAUUCAGUUAAAUCGGAAUUGAUCAGAAAUCUGGCUGCACAUCCGCUAAACUUAAAGUCUUCAAUAGGAUUACAAGGAAAAAGCCCAAUUGAUUUUAGUAGUAAACACAACCACACAAGUCCUGUGAGUUCUUUACCAGUGCAUCCUGAUGUUCGGCUGAAACGCUUACCAUUUUAUGACAUUUUGGGAGAACUGCUGAAACCGACAAGUCUAGUCCCGAAGCCCACUGGUCGUUUUCAGGAAACCUUCUUCAUAUUCCACCUAACUCCACAACAAGCACAAGACAUUGCUAUGUCCAGGGAUUUUAGGCCAGGUGCUAAAUGUGAAUAUACAACUCAAGUACAGUUGAGAUUUUGCCUUUUGGAAACAAGCUGUGAACAGGAUGACAAUUUCCCUCCAAGUAUAUGUGUGAGAGUUAAUGGAAAACUGGCCACACUUCCUAACCCUAUCCCUACAACAAAACCUGGUGUAGAGCCCAAACGACCAGGACGUCCAGUAGAUAUUACAGCAUUAUGUCGCUUGUCACCCACAGUGCCCAAUCAUGUUGAUGUAUCAUGGGCUUCAGAAUUUGGACGGGGUUACUGUGUUGCUGUUUACUUGGUGAAAAAGCUCACCUCUGACAUUCUUCUACAGAGAUUAAAACAGUUUGGUAAUCGCCAUCCAGAUCAUUCCAGAGCUUUGAUUAAAGAAAAAUUGCAGCAUGAUCCAGACAGUGAAAUUGCAACAACCAGCCUUAGAGUGUCAUUGAUGUGUCCACUUGGUAAAAUGCGCCUCCAGAUUCCUUGCCGUUGCAGUACAUGUACACAUCUACAAUGUUUUGAUGCAUUCACAUUUCUCAUGAUGAAUGAGAAGAAACCCACAUGGAUUUGCCCUGUCUGUGAUAAAUCUGCAGCAUUCGACAAACUCAUCAUUGAUGGAUUGUUUGUUGAGAUCCUUCAACAAUCUGCUGGCUGUACAGAAAUCCAGUUCAGUGAAGAUGGUUCAUGGAGUCCUCUAAGAGCUGUCAAAGAAACACUAGUGAUUAGCAGUCCUGUCAUAAAAAGUUCAUCAAUAUCAGGUAAAUGGCAUUGUAAUGAUUUCAUUUUGUAA